AUGGAGUACGACGAGGAGGCGAGCGAACUGCUGUUCUGGUACGUGGGACUGGCGCACGACCUGCAGAGACCGGAGGGCGCGCUGGACAGCGAGUUCUGCAAGUACGCGGAGAAGUAUUUGAGACAAGCGAGGAACGCGAAGGGGGACGAAGAGGAGGACGAGGACGAAGAAGAAGGGAAAGAAGACGAAGAAGAGGACGAAGAGGACGAGGAGGAGAGAGAAAGGAACGGGCAGAGACAGAGAGAGGAACGGGGAGGAAGACGGAGAUACAAAGGAGCAGUGGCCGAGGAGGAAGACAUGGAAGAAAUGGAGGAAAUGGAAGAAGAGGAAGAAGAAGAAAUAGAUAGCAGCCCGUUUUUAACACGAGCCAAGGCGCGAAGCUUGCAGGAAGGAAAGGUGAAGAUAGAGAAGGAAACAGAAGAGUCAACGCCCGAGCAGGAGGAGGGAGAUGAAUCGAAGACGCGCGGAGGCAGAAAAAGAACGAAGCUGAGCGGAGAAGACGAUGUGAUGGCUCCUAAAAAGGCAAAAUAG